UGCAAGCGCUGCUCGUCUUGACAAACAAGAGCAUGCGCGUUGCCAAUUUUAUUUGGCUGCGAGGCGUCCGUCGUCUCUACUUAAGGGGGUCCGAGUUCAGGCCGGGAGGAGACGCAGGAGCCUGACAGAAGAGCCUCGCAUCAUCUGGCAUCUGUGGUCAAAUCUGGCAGCCAUGCUUUCUUUUGCAACAAGCUUGUUCCUAGCGGGGGCGCUGCUGUUCACCGGGUCCUUGGCUCAGACUUUAAGAUACGAGACUUUGGAGGAAGUUUUGGAAAUGUGUCGCGUCCAGGACGUGCCCGUGGAACCUUGUGGUCAAGAUCUUUACCGCCUCAAUGAUGAUACGUGCGUCAGAGUAUCGCCCAAUGGUCUGACUUUCGCCGAUGCUCAGGCUUUAUGCGAUGAAGAAGGUGGCCAAGUGGUCACGCUGGCAAAUCUGAACGAGUUCAGAAAGCUGCUGUGCAUCGUCGCCACGGCGAUCCCGCGCCGACUGCACUACUGGGUGGGCGCCAUCAGAGAUGGGGAUGACUUUGUGUGGGUGGACGGAAGCGGAAUCCUCCCUGCCGAUAGCCCCUGGCGCAACAAUCAGCCCGACAACUUUGGCGGCUACGAGAAUUGCGUUUGGAUGAACUCUUUCGACUGGGGCCAGUUGAACGACGGGCCUUGCGAAGACAGAACUCCGGUGGUGUGUCAGUACCCGGCCUAGCUGGCGUCUGCCGCCAAUCUCCCAAAAAUUGCCAACGUCCACCAGCAAUAAAAUUCAACCAGCAAGCAA